AUGGAGGAAUUUCUUAGUUCCUACAACCUUGGCGCCACAAUAAAAAAUGCCAUUGCUCGAAGGAUUGCCUCGUUCGUCGUUCAAAUGGCGUGCAGAAAUGACAAUCUGACGUUCUACAUCGUUUCGGAAAUCGAUUACAUACAGAUGUUUUGGUUGGACCAGAGUGCGACUGCGGAGGAGGAGGAGGAGGAGACGAAAAUUUUUGACGACUUUUCGGGGAGGAGAGGGGCGCCGGAGACGGGGAUAGAGAGGUUGAAGAAGGAGCAAUUCGAUGGGUUUGGGGGAGAAGAUUUGGGGAAUUGUAGUGUGUGUUAUGAUGAGAUGAAGGACGGCGGGGAAGAAGUGAGCAGAAUGCCCUUGGGACAUGUGUAUCAUAAAUCUUGUGUUCUCACUUGGCUUCAAAGGAACAACUCAUGA